AUCCACCUCUUACUACUACAUCCCUUUCCUUUCCUUUCUCACAAAAUGAAGUUCACUCUCCUUGCAGUCUCCGCCUUUCUCUUGGCCAGCAUGGUAUCUGCUGCUCCUUCCACUGUCUGCACCGGAAAGCACGUUGCUACCAAGAACGAGUCUUGCGCUUCUAUCGCAAAGCACUACAAAAUUAGCGUUAAAGAGUUCCAGCAGUGGAACAGUGGACUUGGCUCCAAUGUCAAGAAAUGUGGAAAGAUCACUUCUGGAAAGUCUUACUGCAUCAAGAGUGGCCAUAAGAAGGUCACCACCACAACUCACAAGGCUGCUGCUACUAAGACCGCUAACUCUGGCUCCGCAAGCACCAAUGGUCUCCAUCUUGCUUCUCACACUGAUCCAAACUGCAAGAAGUACUACACUGUACUUGCUAACGAUGGUUGCGAGAGUGUUGCCAAGAAGAACGGUAUUACCCAAGCUCAGCUUUUCAAAUACAACACUGGCCUUCAUCAUGUCGGUGAGCACCUUUGCGACAACCUUGAUACCGGCAGAGCCUACUGCGUUGCUGUUUAAAUAUUUAUUUCUUUAGAAAAAAUAAUCCCUUUGUUAAUUUAUUUUACAAAACAUUAUCCAAGAAUUAUUUAUUUAUUUAAAGUGACUUCAAUAAACUGUACGCAUAGUUGAACUCUAUACAAAA